AUGAGCUGACAUCCACAUAUAUGGCUGAGAAAGAACAUGAUGGUAGUGGGGAAAUGCAGCAGAAAUCAGUCGAGCAUGAUGUGGCAGAGCUUGAGGCGCGAAGCCUGUGCAAUCAACAUGGUUCAGUUGUGGAUGUGAAGGAAGGAGAUCAUGCCGAUGACAGCAACAGAAAGAUAACAAAGUUCUCUGACUGGAUCAGUCCGAAACCAAAGGAGAAGUGGUCACUGGCAUACGAUCGAGAUGGAGCAAGGUAUGGCAUCAUGGGCAGUGAUACAACUGAUGCAUAUAAGAACGACCCUGUAUUGAAAGGGAUAACAUGCCUUCCGCUCAGUGCGAUAGUGGAGGUGACAUUCCUGCGCUUGGUAGAGUACUUCCAAAACACAAGUGUCGCAGCAAACAAAGCGAUCGGCAACCCGAUAAUUAACUUCCCUGAACAUGUCCAGGUUGACCUGAAUUCCAAAAUGCAGAAAUCCGAGACGCAUAGACUUAUGUACACAUACGCCGAUGAAAAGAAUUAUCUUGGUAAGGUAGUGGAUCAAAAAUUUACAGUCAAGGGAAGGAAGAGGGAGGUGACUGUUCACCUGAAGACGGACUAUAUCGUUGGCAUUAAUAAGUCUAAAGGAUGCACAAUUCGGAAAACUGCCACCUGUUCAUGUGGCAAGCCACAGAGAUACCAUACCACACUGCUUCAGAGGUAUCAUACCAUUUGAAGGUGAAGCACAAACUUGGAUCCCAGACAAGAGAUUAGAGUGUGGCCUUCCUGUUUAUCUGUCGCCGGACUGCGCAC